AUGCUCCGUGACAAGCUCGGGGAGAGCAAGAUCGCAAAGCCCAAAGCCGGGGAGCUGAAAUACUUCAAUGCACAGUCGGCUGCACUCGUUUCCGCCGUCCAAGUGUUUCCGGAAAACGCAAAGGAAAUCUCAACUGUACUCCAGGUCGUGCAGGAUCUCCAGACCUCUUUUGCCGUGAAGGCUGGUGGACACGGAGUAAAGGCCGGCGCAUCGAGCAUUGAGGGCGGUCCGGUGUCCUUAGGGGCGGAGGCGAAGUGGGUUGACGUUUACGGCAAACUUGAUCAAAUGGGCAUCAGCGUACCUGGAGGACGUAUUUCGACGGUGGGUGUUGGCGGCCUGACACUUGGAGGUAGUUCUCGCCGACGGGAAAAUAGUAUCUGUCACGCGCGAAACUCUCCCAGAUCUCUUCUGGGCACUCCGCGGCGGAGGGACGAAUUCGGGGUCGUGACGACGUUCGAAUUCGUAGCAUUCGAACGGAGCCAGAUCUGGGGUGGUGUGAAGCAAUAUCUUGAGGACUCGGAGACGCCAGCAAUCGCUUUGCUUGACGCGUUCUGUAAAAGCCAAGAUCUGUCGUCGUCGUCGUUUGCGGACGCCUACGCCGAGGCCUUCAUCAUCGCCGCCUACGUCGCUCCCAUGGCCAAAUUCAUCACCACGGCGGUUUCGUCCCACGGCAAACCCGAGGACGAUCCUCCCGUGUUUGGCGGAUUCACGGCGUUACCGUCUAUCGCUUCGUCGACGAAGAUUCGAAGCAUAGCUGACCUUGCAGUAGAAUUGAAUGCGAACAAUCCGCACAGGCUCAGGUAUGAUACACUGGCGUUGACUGUGAAAAGCAACGCUGAGAUCCGCACCGGCGUCCUGGCGAUCUAUAAAGACGUAAUCAGCCCACACAAAGACACCGUCAAGAACUUUGUGCCUGCGAUCUUGCUUCAACCUCUGCUUCCACGGAUGCUACCGGCCUCCGGGAGCGAACAUACGCUGGGGCUCACCAGAGAAGACGGACCACCGUUUGCGGGUGACGGCGACGGCGACAGCCCAGGACAAGUCCACCGCUACGUCUACCUCACCUACGCGGCGGGUGAUCAGGACGUGUUCGCGAGCUACGGCCAGGACAACCUGGAGAGGUUGCUAGGGAGUAUGACCCGAACGAGGUCUUCUCCAAGUUGA